AUGGUUACAUCUCAAGACUGCAAAAUUCAAGAGAGAGAACAAGACUCCAAGCCACUGUUUGGCAGCCCAAGUAAAAAUGCCACUUCAAAGCUGUCCUCCAACCCAUGUGAAGAACAUCCAGUGAAAUCCAAGGAAGACAACAUAAUAGUGGAUAUAAGGCCCAGCCUAAAACAGAAGGCAGACCUUGAGGAAGGGGACAAAGUAUUGCAUGGUUUGGAAGUCCCAGGAUUUGAAGCAAUCAAAUUUGAAGAGUUCCAGCCAGACUUUAUUGAGGAGUCAAACCUACUUAGCCUCCAGAAGACACACACAGGGGAGACAUCGUACAUGUACACAGAGUGGGGACCAAACUACAGCAGUAUGUCAGUCCUUGUCAAAAACCCAAGGACUCACCCUGGAGAAAAGCCUUAUGUGUGCAGGGAAUGUGGGAGAGGAUUUACCUGGAAGUCCAACCUCAUCACACACCAGAGGACACACUCAGGGGAGAAACCUUAUGUGUGCAAGGAAUGUGGGCAGAGCUUUAGCCUAAGGGCACACCUCAUCACACACCAGAGGGCACACACUGGGGAGAAGCCUUAUGUUUGCAGGGAAUGUGGGCGUGACUUUCGUCAGCAUUCACACCUCAUCAGACAUAAGAGGACACAUUCGGGUGAAAAGCCUUAUGUUUGCAUAGAGUGUGAGCAAAGUUUUAGUCAGAAGUCCCACCUCAUCAGACACUUAAGGACACAUACAGGAGAGAAACCUUACACAUGCACAGAAUGUGGGCGUCACUUUAGCUGCAAAUCAAAACCUCAAGACACACCAGAGGAUUCACUCAGGAGUUAAACCUUAUGUAUGCCUGGAGUGCAGGCGAUGCUUUAGCCUGAAGUCAAACCUCAACAAACCCAGAGAUCACACACAGGGGAGAAGCCUUUUGUGUGCACAGAGUGUGGGCGAAGCUUUGCCAAGAAAGCAACCCUCAUUACACACCAGAGGACACACUCAGGGGAGAAGCCAUUUGUAUGCAGGGAGUG